AUGCGGUUGCUGUACCGGUCUGCUGUGGUGAAGAAGGAGCUGAGCUCUGGUUUCUCCCAAGAGGAGGAACUGCGGAAGCUACGAGAAGAAACCAAUGUGGAGACCCUUAAGCAGGAGUUGGAGAAAGAACACAGCAGAAGACUAGACCUGGAACAGAAGAUGAGUGAUAUGCUGAAGACUAGGUGUGAAGAUUCUCCACCUCAUCCUCCACGGAAGCAACAGCCACCUGCAGCUAAUGGCACAGACAAACAACAGAAAGAGACAGUGUGUUCGCGGCUGCAGAGCUGGCUGUAUGAUCAGUUUGGGGUUUAUAUCGAGGAUUUUCGCUUCCAGCCUGAGGAGAACACGGUUGAGGCUGAGGAGCCACUAAGUGCUAAAAGAUUAACAGAAAAUAUGCUACGACUUAAAUGGAGUGCCAGACCGGUGACAAAUUUCUUACGGAAUCUUUCUGCCUUAUCCAACUGGCACUCAGUAUAUACAUCAGCGAUUGCCUUCAUUAUUUAUAUGAAUGCAGCAUGGCAUGGCUGGGCUAUUCCUUUGUUUCUAUUCUUAGCCAUUCUGAGGUUGUCACUGAACUACCUCAUAGCCAGAGGAUGGAGAAUUCAGUGGAGUAUUGUGCCUGAGGUUUCUGAACCUGUGGAGCCUUCAAAGGAAGACCUAACUGUGUCUGAAAAGUUUCAGUUGGUUCUUGAUGUUGCACAAAAAGCACAAAAUCUUUUUGGUAAGAUGGCAGAUGUUUUGGAGAAAAUCAAAAAUUUGUUCAUGUGGGUUCAGCCUGAGAUCACUCAGAAAUUGUACAUCGCUCUGUGGGUGGCCUUCAUCUCCUCUUGCGUCCUGCCCUACAAGUUGAUGGGUUUCAUGAUCGGGCUUUAUGCAGGCAUCAAGUUCUUUAUUAUAGACUUCCUGUUUAAGAGCUGCCCAAAACUCAGAGACAAAUACGACACUCCACAUAUCAUGUGGAACAGCCUACCCACCGACCCUCAGCUGAAAGAACGCAGCAAUGCCACUGUGUCACGACGGAUCCAGCCGGUGGUUUCACGGAGUAGUUUAGCUACCAUCCCGGCCGGAGUGACCAGAGAGGAAGAGAGUAGCCGUUCACACAGCACAAAGAAAGGAGUAUUCCAUGAGGUCUUCAACCUACCUGAGAAUGAGAAACCUCUGCCUGUAUGUGAGAAUGGUUGGAGAUGCUGUCUGAUAAACAGAGACAGGAAGAUGCCGACUGACUACAUUCGCAAUGGGAUGCUCUAUGUCACUGAGAACUGCCUGUGUUUUGAGAGCUCCAGCACAAGAUCAGGAUCUUCAAAGAAGAACAAAGUCAUCAAACUGGUGGACAUCACAGACAUCCAGAAGUAUAAAGUUUUAUCAGUUCUGCCUGGGUCUGGAAUGGGCAUUUCUAUUGCCACUCCAUCAACACAGAAGCCACUGGUCUUUGGUGCCAUGGUACACAGAGAUGAGGCCUUUGACACAAUUUUUACCCAGUACAUGAAGAUCAUGACCACAGCCAACCCUGAGAUGUAACUCACCCUUUAUCCUGCUGGAGGAUAUCUCAUUUGGAUAAUAGUUUCCUGUCUAGUUAACUUCAAACGACUGUAAUUUGUACGAUUGUGGGCAUCUGAUGUGACUAGCAGGAGAUUCAGCGAGUGGACAUUCCAGUGAGGGUUUUUGCAUCUCAAAGCAGAGGCUUUUCCAACUUGAGGGAUGCGGGUGGCUUCGUAUUAUGCUUUUCAAAAAUGAGCAUACUGAUCAGUGUACAGACUUGUUUUUUGUACUUGUCUCUCAUUGAUUCAGAUUUCAUGUCUGGUUUUAUUGUUUUAUUGUCUGGAAGAUGUUACAGGAAGGAUGGUCUUUAACACUUUAGACAGCAUAAAAUAACUUAAUCAGUAUUUUUGUUUAAAAGACAAUUAACCACAAUUGUUAGGUAAAACAAAUCAAAAGCUAUAUUUAAGAUAUAUUUCAUUGAAAUUUCCUUCUCAUUUAAAUUUGCCUUUAAGCUAAAUUUUAAUAUUUUAAACCGGUAAAUAAGACAAAUAUACUGAUAAAUAUUUAAUGUAAUUUUGCAGUAAUUGCAUUUUAAGGUGUGUUAACACUUAUAAUGUUUUGCAGCAAAAAUUGACAGGAAAUCACUUUUAAUAAGAGUUUGAGCAAUAUCAGACAACAUAAAGUUAUAGUAUGUGUCUCAUGCUCUAUAUUUUAUCUUGACCUUCACUCUCAAAUUUAAUUUAUAUUUGUAGUCAGCAUAAUUUAUUUAUAUACUAUACAUAAAUUUUUUAUAUUCAGGUUAGUUCUAAAGUUAAACUUUGUGCACUUUGUUAUUUUGCAAUGGUCACUGUUCAAGUUGCCAGAAAUCUAAAACUUUCAUUGAAAAUGAAUGUAAAUUAUUUUUGUCACUGCAAAUGAGUGCAAAUAACCUUUAAGGCUGAUAAACAAAGCAUUUUUUUUACGUGUUUGCAUUGUUGCUGUGUGCGCAAAAACACACUUAAAACUCAUUUAAAUCUCACCUCUCAGAAAAGAGUGCUUCAUGUGUUUUUAGCAGAAUAUCUUCCCAAGUUUAACUUUGGGAAAGCGUAGUUUCAAAUUAUUUAAAAUGCCUUUCUUCUAAACUGUAAUGGCAGUCAGCAGAAUCACUAACACUAAUUAGAUAUGAAUGGUGUCAAACUCAGAAACGAACACUGGGUUGCACUUUAUUUUAUUUUACAAAGUGACUCUAAACUCAUCUUGAUGACAAUUUUUA